UCUGAAAGUCUCUGAAAGUGUUUUUUUCUCCUCUGCGUGCUGAAAGGAAAACUGUUAUCCUCUCCCCAGCCCUCUCUCACCAGGUGUGAAUAGGUUGUCCCUUGGUAUCGUCAUUCCUUGGUCAUCUCUGUCCUGUCCCGUACUGUACUUCUGAAGAUAAGAGGCCUCUUUCUGCACCGACCUUGACUCACCACCGGGAGUCCCACACUGCCUUACCAGCCAUAAGGAGAGACCCCCCUGGCCGCCACUGACCCCCAGCAUGGCAGACGGUCAUCAACGUGAAGACAGCCCUCCCCAGUGGGAUCCGUCGGGGGCACAGGACCCCUCUACCCCCCCAGCCCAUGGGGCUAAUGGCUACCCCCCCUCCUACAGGGCGUGCCAGCCAGGGACGGCCCAUGGAGCAGCACCACCCUCCUACACCGCCAGAGAGAACGGCUUCAACGGCGACCAUGCAGUUACAGCUGAGCAAGUGUCUGCGCGGAUUGUGCAGGAGGUGACAGCCGAGGCGGUGGCAGUACUGAAGGGAGAACAGGAGACAAGACUGCCCUCAGUUGAAGACACAGCAAACCUGCCUCCCUCCCCUCCUCCCUCUCCUGCUGCUGAGCACUGCUUCGGACCCCUGGAUCAAGAUGUAGGGGAUGAGGAGGAGGAGGCCUGCCCUCUCCACCACUUCCAAAAUUCUCGGGAGAGGUGCAAGUUCCUCGCCCCCUCCAUCUCUGUGUCUAUGCCCGAGGAUGGCCCCUACCACUCUGACGAGGAAUACUAUGAUCACCCCUUGUUCAGCCCUGAGUGGGAUCGCUCUGUCUCCUCUCGGCCCUCAGUGCCGGCCGCUGCCUUUAGACAGAUCCAAGUAGAGACCAUCGAGGCUCUUACAGACACAUUCGAGGAGGAGGAGGAGGAGGAAGAGGUGUUGAUGUUGGAGGAGGAGGAGAUGGAAGGGGCAGCAGCCGAUAUCGUGGCAGCUCUUGAGGAGCUGUGGAGUGGGGAUGAGCCUGAGCCGGACAGCCCCCCGGCCGAGCCCUUAGAGCAGGCAGAGGCCAUAGGCGAGGCCCAUACUGUGCCUCCCGUGCAGGCCGAGGCAGCUAGUGCCGCCCCAGAAGGCCCUAACGGGAGGGAGGAGGUGGAGGUGGAGGAGAAGGAGGUGGCAGAGCCUGAGGGGGAGGAGGAGAGCCCUGAGGAAGCCUUGAAGAUGGACACAGACAAACCAGACAGCGAGAGGAGUGGAACCCUCAGCCCAGACUUCACUGAACCAGAGAGUCCAGCUAUCCUCAGUGGGGACCACGCAGCAGCACCCCUGAGCCCCAAAACGGACAUGGCUUCCCCUUCCCCUUCUCUGUCCCCUUUCCCUUCAAACAGCCAGAGCCAAGCCAAAGAGCCUAGCAAAAUGUCUAUACCGGAUGAACCUAAAACAGUCGCAGAGAAGCAGCCGUCAGUGGAAGUUCUUGAGUCCAGUAGCCUCACCACGGAUUCAGGGUCUGGAUUCACUACAGCUGAAGACAGAGGUCAAGGACAAGGUGUCCCAUCUGACUCUAACAAAGACAAAUCGGGCAUGUCAGCUUAUUUUGAGACUUCGGCCCUGAAGCCAGAUGAGGGAUCCAAGGGGGUUCAAGCUGAAGAUUAUUAUGAACUGAGCACCGCAGGAGAAGAGAAGAAGGUCUUAGGGAGCAGUUCCCCAACAGUUCCGUCACCCCUUGAGAUCAACUACAGCAUGCUGGCACAAACACAGUCAGUGGAGGAGAAAUCAGACACCAAGAAGAGUCCGAUGGGAGAUCAAAAGGAGACCUUACCGGCCCUGGACAGAAGUAACGAAUGUAGGCUGUCUCCUGGGAAGUUGGCCCUGGAUCAGAGAAGCUACUCUCUCAACAUUACGAUUGGAUCGAUGGAUCCCAGUGUUCAGGGUCGACCUAGACAUUUCUCCCCACUGGCCACGGACAUCAUGUCUUUUACCAGCGGCAGUCUGGAGGAGUCUGCCAACUAUCUCCCAGUCACCACCCCAUCUGUGGAGAAGGAGCCACCACCUUUCCCUCCCCUGAUCCUGGAGACGGCCGCCUCAGUAACAUCCGACUCCACGUCUCCUCCCCACAACUCAGCAGCAGAGACCCCCGGUGAAAAUACCAGUCCCCAGGGGUCAGAGUCCCCAGAAUCUCCCUUCCCACCCAAAUACUACUACAAAAAUGGGACAGUCAUGGCUCCUGACCUACCUGAGAUGCUGGACCUUGCGGGCAGCAGGUCUAGACUGGCUUCUGAGAACACUGACCCUGAGAUCAUGAGGAGGAAGUCUGUCCCUGCAGACGCCCAAAGCCUUGGCAGUGACUCCCUGGCCAACCUGGUUCUGGGGGACCAGAGUCAGAACCAGAGUCUUGCCAAGAGCGAGAGCCAGCUGGAGGAGUUGGGUUACUGUGUGUUCAGUGAGUACUCAGGGCCCAUGCCUUCCCCUGCUGACGUCCACAGUCCCAUUGACUCCCCGCCCCAGCGCUUCACCCCAAUGGCUCUGGAGGAAAAGAUGGCGGAGGAGAAACUGAAAAUCGACGCCAGAGACAAACUAGCCAAAGACGAGAAGACAAGUCAGUUAGCUGAAUGCGCCGGUUCCAAAGAAAAGGGAGAAACCAAACAAGUGGGACGGAAAGAUACCGCUUCAGAGGAAAAAGACAACAAAGAGAUCAGCCAUGACAAAUUUGCCAUGGAAAACCAAAAAGACAAACCAGCUUCAGCUCUGAAGUUAGCCGAGUCCUUUGUAACUCCUACAGUGACGGUUACCCUGGAAGAGGAGGGGAAGCUAGGGGACAACGGACCCGAGACGGAUGCUGAGAUGGCUGCCUAUGAGAGGCAGAUCCGUCGUCUGGAGAUGGAGGACAGGCCCCUGAGCAUGGAGGAGGAGCGGGAGCUGCAGGAGCUCAGGGAGAAGGUGAAGGACAAGUUCCUGGUGCACCAGGAGGCGUACGAGGAGGUGGAUGCUGAAGACGUCUACCAACUGACUGGGGUUGCCAAGGGCAGGAUCGGCAGGCCCGUCGGGCCCUCCCCGGCCUCUUCCGUAGAGAGCACCACAGAAGAAGACAAGGUUCCAGUUACGGAGACAGAAAAACCUAAACAGACGGGAGUUCAGACACCGCCAAUGAAGGUUGACCUCAUGGUGACGUCUCCAUCUGUGUCAGGUGGUGGUGUGAGCACCACAGAAGAAGAAGACAAGGUUCCAGUUAUGGAAAUAGAGAAACCUAAACAGACGGGAGGUCAGACAACUGCAACGAAGGUUGACGUCAUGGCUAUGUCUCCAUCUGUGUCGGGUGGUGGUGUGAGCACCACAGAUGAAGAAGACAAGGUUCCAGUUACGGACAUAGAGAAACCUAAACCGAUGGGAGGUCAGACAACGCCAACGAAGGUUGACAUCAUAGCGACGUCUCCAUCUGUGUCAGAUGGUGGUGUGAGCACCACAGAAGAAGACAAGGUUCCAGUUACGGAGACAGAAAAACCUAAACAGACGGGAGGUCAGACAACGCCAACGAAGGUUGACGUCAUGGCUAUGUCUCCAUCUGUGUCAGGCGGUGGUGUGAGCACCACAGAUGAAGAAGACAAGGUUCCAGUUACGGACAUAGAGAAACCUAAACCGAUGGGAGGUCAGACAACGCCAACGAAGGUUGACAUCAUAGCGACGUCUCCGUCUGUGUCAGGUGAUGGUGUGAGCACCACAGAAGAAGACAAGGUACCAGUUAUGGAAAUAGAGAAACCUAAACAGACGAGAGGUCAGACAACACCGACGAAGGUUGACGUCAUGGUGACAUCUCCAUCUGUGUCAGGUGAUGGUGUGAGCACCACAGAAGAAGACACGGUUCCAGUUACGGAGACAGAGAAACCUAAACAGAUGGGAGGUCAGACAACGGCAACAAAAAUGUACGUCAUGGCGACGUCUCCAUCUGUGUCAGGUGGUGGUGUGAGCACCACAGAAGAAGAGAAUGAGAAAGUUAGUGAAGAGAAGCUGAAGAAGGAGCAGGUUGUAGAGGUCAAAGAGAAGCUGAAGAAGGAGCAGAUUGUAGAGGUCAAAGAGAAGCUGAAGAAGGAGCAGAUUGUAGAGGUCAAAGAGAAGACCAUGGAAGAAAAUAAAAAGGUAGAAGGGGAGGAGGAGGAGGAUACAGAGCAGGCAGUGGAACCAGAGGAAAUCAUGAUUAAGAUAAAACCAUCAAAGCCUGUAGAGAAAGAAGAGAAGGUUGAGAAGGAUAUAAUGACUAACAAGGAGGAAGAGGAGGAGGAAGAUAGUGAAGUUCUGGCAGGGGCAGGAGCAGCGGUGAAUGAUGUUCCAGAACCCAGAGCUGCCAUAGAGUCAGUUGUGACUGUAGAAGAUGACUUGAUCACUGUAGUCCAGACCAUCGACGAGGGCGAGGAGCCAGGACACAGCGUGCGUUUUUCCGCUCCGCCUGAGCCUGAGACACCACAGGCUCUCCACGAGGAGGAGGAGGAGGAGGAGUCCCAGGUGGUGGAGAUCAUGGAGGCAGCUAGUCUGGAGGAGGUGGGGGAUGUCUCAGAAGAGGUCCGUGAGAAGGAGGUGCAGGCCUCCCCAGAGAAGGAGGUGCAGUUGGAGACUGAGGGACAGACAGAGAGCUACGACAGAGACGAGACCACCAUGGACGACUCCAUCCUAGACAGCUCUUGGGUCGACACUCAAGAUCUCUCCACUGUAGAUGUGGAUGAUGACAUAAGCAUGGCUACCGAGCAGAUCGAGCCCAUGAGAGCCGACCGGGUCCCAGCCCCACCAGUCAAGAAGGACAAGACUCCCCAGAAGCAGAAGCAGGAAAAGCAGCCAGUGAAGCCCAAGGCUAAAGGGGGGCGGGUGAAGGGGCGUGAGGGGCGCAUCUCCACCCCCGAACAUAAACCCGUCCGCAAGGAGACGGUCUAUAUCCCCAGGGUGGACAUCAAUAAGAAAAAAGCCGUGAUCAAGAAGACUGAGCUGACUAAGAAAGCAGAGACGCGCUCCUCUCCAUCCCGGAAGAGUGUGUUAAAACCUACUGCGGUCCGACACCCACGUCCUGCCCAGCCCCAACUCCACCCCCACCCCUGUGCUAGGAGGAAACCUACAGUGGGUGUACCAGAAGGUCGUCGGCCCCUCAGUGUUGCUAGACAGUCUCGGGACAGAGCUUCAUCACGACCACUAACAAAGAUCCCCACCUGUAAAACGCGAGUGGCCGCCCUCCUGCCCCCCCGCCCUAACUCGUCCUGCUCCUCCCACACUAAAAAGAACUCGCUGGGGGAGGUGGAGCUUGAUAGGCCCCGCCCCUCCUCGGCUGGGCCUCGUGACUCCACCACACUACACAGACUAAUAUAUGCGGAUGGCGGUUCGCAGAGCCCAAGGAGGUCGUCCCUGCCCCGGCCUGCCUCGGUCCCGCGGCCUGCCUCUAUCCUGAGCCGGCGUACCCACCACCACACACACGACCAGGAGGAGAGCUCCACCUCUAUCACCAGCUCCGGCUCUACCGCACCCCGUAGACCCACGUCAUUCAGUACAGAGGUCAGGGCGGAGCAUAGGACAGGACGCGCCCCUAGUUGGACAGGCACACAGUCGAUGCGUUCCCGUUCGCUGUGCAGUGGCCCCACCACACCCCGCACGCCAGGGUCCACAGCCAUCUCCCCUGGUACCCCUCCCAGCUACAGCUACUCCUGUCGCACACCCGGGACCCCUCGCACCCCCGGCACACCACGUUCUCGAAGCCUGCUGCAGGAGAAGAAGGUGGCUCUGCUCCGCACCCCUCCCAAGUCACCUGCCACCACCCCCAAACAGCUCCGCAUCCUUAACCAGCCCCUGCCCGACCUCAAGAACAUCAAGUCCAAGAUCGGCUCCACAGAUAACAUCAAGUACCAGCCCAAGGGGGGACAGCAACACAGAGGCAGGGGCCAAACGGCCAACACAACAGAGCCCAAACGCAGCCCGUCGUGGAUCUGGAGAUUGCUCCUGCGCCUGGUCUCUCUCUCCUUAUAUCUGUCUGCUGCACACAGUGUGACGUGGGCCCCCAUGCCAGCCAAAGACCCACUGAUUCAGAUUUUAAACAAGAAGCUGGACUUCAGUCACGUACAGUCAAAAUGCGGAUCCAAGGAUAACAUGAAGCAUUCUCCUCGUGGAGGCCAUGUGCAGAUUCAGACCAAGAAGAUUGACCUGAGUCACGUGACCUCCAAGUGUGGAUCGCUGGACAACAUCCGCCACCGGCCAGGGGGAGGUAACGUGCGCAUAGAGAGUGUGAAGCUGGACUUUAAAGACAAGGCCCAGCCCAAGGUGGGUUCCCUGGAUAAUGCACACCACACCCCUGGUGGAGGCCACAUUAUGAUCGAAAGCCACAAGCUGUUGUUCCGUGAUACGGCCAAGGCCCGGGUGGACCAUGGGGCGGAGAUCAUCGUGACCCAGUCUCCGGAAACGGGCAUGUCAGGGACGGUGUCUCCCCACCGCGACAGCCACCUGUCCUCCUCUGGCAGCAUCAACUUGCUGGAGUCUCCACAGCUAGCCACUCUAGCUGAAGACGUCACCGCCGCCCUGGCCAAGCAGGGCUUGUGAGCGCCUUGACCCCCCUCAGCCCAGGCACCGGAUCUCUUGACCCCCACCCUGCCUCCAGUCUCCCUCCAGUCCACCCCAGCCCCGGACACCUUCCCCCUUCCCCCUGCCUCCAGUCCACCCCAGCCCCGGACACCUUCCCCCUGCCUCCAGUCCACCCCAGCCCCGGACACCUUCCCCCUGCCUCCAGACGACUGAUCCCAGACUCCUGACACCCUCAGCUUGCCUCCAGUUCAACCUGACCCCAAGCCUUGGACUCCCUCACUUGUCUUUAGUCCAGCCCAGGCUCCCUCAUCAUGCCUCCACCCAGCCUCCAAUCUCCCUCCAGUCCACCCCCAGCCUUGGGUACCAGACAGCCCACACAAAUCUCUGCCUCAACCCCACCCUGCCUCAACCCCACCCUGCCUCAACCCCACUCUGCCCCUGGACACCUUUCUUCUGCCUCCACCCAGCCUCUACCCUUCCCUGCUACCUACCAUGCGGUCCAUCCCAAACAUGCCUCUCGUCUAUCCCAGGCCCUGGACACCCUUACCCCACCCUGCCUCCACCCUAGCUCCUGUCAAUCCCAGACCCUGGACAACCUGAUCCCACCCUGCCUCCUGUCCAUUCCAGGCCCUGGACACUCUCUUCCCAUCCUGCCUUCAGUCCACCCACCCAGACUCCCUCACCCUGUCCCAGGCCUCUCGUCAACCCCAGCCCAGACACCAAGACCCCCCAUCCUACAGCAGCCUCAUACUCACCGCCUGAUGGAGCUGCCUACCCCACCCUAUGUCAACAAAACAAAUUAAGAAAAAACAACAACCCUAAUGGAACUAGAGACUAUUUAGAAGGUACUUUUGGUCAAUUGUUUGUUGAUAUUUCCAUUCCAAGUACCUGUACUUUUUUUCUCCAUCUUUUAUCUGGUGUAUUUCUUUAAUGCUGCGUAUAGAUAGAUAGAUAGAUAGAUAGAUAGAUAGAUAGAUAGAUAGAUAGAUAGAUAGAUAGAUAGAUAGAUAGA